AUGGGGGAUCCCAGCCUGGACGACUCCAACGUCAAGGUGGCGGUCCGCGUUCGGCCCAUGAACAGGAGAGAAAAGGAAUUAAACACCAAGUGUGUGGUGGAGAUGGUGAAGAAUCAGACCGUCCUCCAUCCUGCACUGACCAACCUAGGCAAGGGCGACUCCAGGAAUCAGUCCAAGGUGUUUGCAUAUGACUACUGCUUCUGGUCUAUGGAUGAAUCGGACAAAGAGAGAUUUGCCGGUCAAGAGGUGGUGUUUCAGUGCCUUGGGGAAAGUCUUCUUCAUAAUGCCUUCCUUGGCUACAAUGCCUGUAUCUUUGCCUACGGACAAACCGGAUCCGGAAAGUCCUACACCAUGAUGGGUUCGGGGGACCAGCCGGGCCUCAUACCACGACUCUGUAGCGCGUUGUUCGACCGCACGCAGAAGGAGCAGCGUGAGCAGGAGAAGUUCACCGUGGAGGUCUCCUACAUGGAGAUCUACAACGAAAAGGUCCGCGAUCUGCUGGACCCCAAAGGGGGCAGACAAACACUGAGAGUGAGAGAGCACAAAGUGCUGGGUCCAUAUGUGGAUGGCCUGUCUCGGUUAGCCGUGGCUUGCUAUAAGGACAUUGAGGUGCUGAUGUCAGAGGGCAAUAAGUCUCGCACCGUCGCUGCCACCAAUAUGAACGAGGAGAGCAGUCGAUCGCACGCCGUCUUCAACAUCAUCCUCACGCACACCCUGACGGACGUGCAGUCUGGGACAAGUGGUGAGAAAGUGAGUCGGCUGAGUCUAGUGGAUCUGGCUGGGAGUGAGCGAGCGACAAAAACCGGAGCGGCGGGAGAGCGUCUCAAGGAAGGAAGUAACAUAAACAAGUCGCUGACUACACUGGGCCUGGUGAUCUCCGCUCUAGCAGAGCAAGGAACUGCCAAGAACAAGAACAAGUUUGUUCCUUACCGAGACUCUGUUCUGACAUGGCUGCUGAAGGACUGUCUCGGCGGGAACAGCCGCACGGCCAUGGUGGCCACGGUGAGCCCGGCGGCCGACAAUUACGAAGAGACGCUGUCCACGUUGCGCUACGCCGACCGGGCGAAGAGCAUCGUCAACCACGCCGUCGUCAACGAGGACCCCAACGCUCGCAUCAUCCGGGAGCUGCGCGAGGAAGUGGAGAAGCUGCGAGUGCAGCUCACUCAAGCCGAGUCAAUGAAAGCCCCUGAGCUCAAAGAGCGCUUGGAAGAGUCUGAAAAGUUGAUUCACGAGAUGACCAUCACGUGGGAGGAUAAACUUCGCAAAACGGAGGAGAUUGCACAGGAGCGUCAGAAGCAGCUGGAAAGUCUGGGUAUUUCCCUUCAGUCGUCUGGCAUUAAAGUGGGAGACGAUAAGAGCUUUCUUGUCAACCUGAAUGCAGACCCGGCACUCAACGAGCUUUUAGUGUACUAUUUAAAGGAGACCCACACACAGGUGGGCUCGGCAGAUUCCCAGGAUAUUCAGCUAUGUGGCAUGGGCAUCCAGGCCGAGCACUGCGUCAUUGAUAUCGGUGCCGAUGGCGCCGUCAUCCUCACGCCGUACCCUAAUGCUCGGACGUGUGUAAAUGGGUCUCCAGCCACGUGUGCGCUGCAGCUUCACCAUGGCGACCGAAUCCUUUGGGGAAACAACCAUUUCUUCAGGAUUAACCUUCCCAAGCGUCGCACUCGGACCAUCGAGGACGAGGAGGGUGACGGCAGCGCAAUGAAAAAGAGCGGCAGCAACGAGCAGCUGGAUGCGGACGGGGACUCGGCCAGCGAAGCGUCCAGCGAAGUCAGCUUCUCCUAUGAGUUCGCUCAGACCGAAGUCAUGAUGAAGGCUCUUGGUAACAACGACCCCAUGCAGAGUGUCCUGCAGUCGCUGGAGAGGCAGCACGAGGAGGAGAAACGCUCAGCCCUGGAGCGUCAGAGGCAGAUGUACGAACAGGAGCUCCAGCAGCUGCGUCGCAAGCUUAAUCCCGAUCGCCUAUCCGGGGGCCUUCCGGGACCGCCCAGCGCUGGUCAGCAGUCUCAUUACCGCAGCAUGGAGAGACUCAGUGUGGGAGGCAUGAGCCACUCCAGCAGCGCUCAGAGCAGGCUGAGACAGUGGAGUGAGGACAGGGAAGCCGUGUUGGUGAGGAGCUUGAGGCGACUGCGGGAGCAAAUUGUGAGAGCCAACCUUCUAGCGCAAGAGGCAUGCUUUAUCGCCGAAGAGCUGGAACGCCACACAGAGUACCGAGUCACCUUACAGAUCCCUUCAGACAACCUCAAUGCCAACCGCAAGAGGGAUGCUGUGCUCAGCGAACCCGCCAUUCAGGUGCGACGUCGUUGCCGCGGCAAGCAAAUCUGGAGCUUGGAGAAGACUGAAAACCGUCUGGUGGACAUGAGGGAGCUCUAUCAGGAGUGGCAAGACUACCAUCAGCACGACAACGACAACCCUGGUAUGCGCUCGUAUUUCCGCAGGGCCGACCCGUUUUUCGAUGAGCAAGAGAACCACAGCCUCAUCGGCGUGGCCAACGUCUUUCUGUCCUGCCUUUUCUAUGACGUCAAGCUGCAGUAUGCUGUGCCCAUCAUCAACCAGAAAGGAGAGGUGGCCGGCCGUCUCCAUGUGGAGGUGGUAAGGGUCGGAGGGGCUCUGGAGGACAACAUCGCCGGAGGAGACGAUCCAGAAAACAAUUUGGAUUUAGAAAUUCAAGACCGUAAACUUGUCUGUAUGAUUAAAAUCCUACAGGCCACCGGUCUCCCCCAGCACCUUUCCAACUUCGUCUUCUGCCAGUACUCGUUCUGGGACCAGCCCGAGCCCAUCAUCGUGGCCCCCGAGGUGGACCCUUCAUCCUCGUCACCCGGCAGCAAGGACCCGCACUGCAUGGUGGUGUUCGACAGCUGCAAAGAGCUGGCCGUGUCCGUGUCGGAGGACUUCAUCGAAUACUUGACUGAAGGGGCUGUCGCCAUCGAGGUGUUUGGACAUAGGCAGGCGGACGCGGGCAGGAACCCGGCCUUGUGGGACCUCAGCAUAAUCCAGGCCAAGACGCGAACGCUGCGAGACAGGUGGAGUGAGGUAACACGGCGGCUGGAGCUCUGGAUCCAAAUACUGGAGAUUAACGAGAACGGAGACUUUGUCCCGGUCGAAGUCGUUCCCGCCCGUGACGUCAACACUGGCGGAAUCUUUCAGCUUCGACAAGGUCAAGCUAGGAGAAUCCAGGUGGACGUUCGCUCCGUUCAGGACUCGGGCACAAUGCCGCUCAUAUCUGAGAUCGUGCUGGCUGUAUCGGUGGGCUGUGUGGAAAUUACAAACACCAUCGGCGGCCCUGACGGAGAUGAGAUGGACAGUUAUCAGGAGAGAGACCUGGAACGUUUGCGACGUCAGUGGUUGGCAGCGCUCACCAAGAGGCAGGAAUACUUGGACCAGCACUUGCAAAAUCUGGUUAGCAAAGCAGAAAAAACUGAAGACGACAUGGAGAGGGAAGCGCAGCUGCUUGAAUGGCGCUUGACACUGACAGAAGAGCGCAACGCCGUCAUGGUGCCAUCAGCAGGCAGUGGUAUUCCAGGAGCCCCUGCAGAAUGGGUUCCACUCCCAGGAAUGGAGACUCACAUUCCAGUCCUCUUUCUCAACCUCAAACCUGACGACUUGAGCUCCCAAGACCAGUUUGAGGUACCUGACGCGGGAGGCUGGGACGCCACGCUCAUCGGCGAAGACGAGGACGACUUCUUUGACCUACAGAUCGUCAAACACUACGACGGCGAGGUGAAGGCGGAAGCAUCGUGGGACUCCACCGUCCACGAGUGCCCGCAGCUGAGCCGCGGGGGCGCUUGGCCCGACAGCCGGGUGUACCUCACCGUGCGCACGGUGGUGCAGCUCAGCCACCCGGCCGACAUGCAGCUAGUGCUGAGGAAGAGAAUCUGCGUCAACGUCAACCCCGGGCGUCAGGGCUUCGCGCACAACUUCCUCAGGAGGAUGUCCGCGCGCAGCACCAUCCCUGGAUGUGGCGUCACCUUUGAGGUGGUCUCCAACAUCCCAGGGGACUCCCCUGGAUCAGAGGACAGGGAGAUGCUGGCCCGCCUCGCCGCUAACGCUCACAGCAGCGAGUCGGCCGAUGACGAAGCUGCUAUUGAGAAGUACUUGCGCAGUGUGCUCAGUCUUGAGAACAUCCUUACUCUUGACAGACUCAGACAGGAGGUGACGGUGAAGGAGCAACUCGCCGCCAGAGGACGAAACAACCGGCGAAGUCUGAGUUCUCCAUCUGUUAACAGGCUGUCUGGAAGUAGACAAGACUUGUCCACCACCUGCCUGCUGGAAGACAAGGGUCGCUGGGAGAGUCAGCAAGACAUCUUCAUGCCGUCUGCGUAUCACCGCACACUUCCGCGUCCGGCUUCGUCGCCCUCUACCUACUGUCCCUCACCGCCAACGCCGCCAUCGUCCAACGCUGUCAGCUUACCGCAGGAGCAAGAGCAAGGUCGUUCAGGACUCGCUGCCUCUUAUCUUUCAGUCAAGGCGUUGGUUCCGCAGAUGCCCAAAUUGCUCAAGUCUUUGUUUCCGGCGCGCGACGACAAGAAGGAACUGAGGCCGUCGCCGCACAGCCAGCAGCAGCACGUGCCGCGCAUCGUGUCGCCACCAGGGGGAGACGAAAACCGACUAAAGGUGGACACGGCCGCCCCUCUCCCACGAGCACCAGCCAGAGAGCGGCGCUCCGACCCGGCCGACGCCCCUCCUCCUCUCCCCGCGCCCGACCCGCAUGACGGCACCCCCCUCAGCCCGCUCAGCCAGUCGUCCAGCGGCUACUUCUCGGCCAGCGUUUCCACGGCGACCCUGUCCGACGUCCUACGACCCCCCUCUUCUUCGUCCUCGUCCUCCUCCCUCGUCCUCGCCGACGCCGCCAAUCACGACGGCGCCGCCUCGCGCCGCUUCCUCUCUGAACAGAAGCAGACGGACGACUGGCUGAGGGACGGCGUCCGCGUGAACCUCGGGACCGGAAAGGCAGGCACCGUGCGCUACGUGGGAGCCACGCACUUUGCCGAAGGCGUUUGGGUGGGCGUGGAGCUGGACUCCCCCGCAGGUAAACACGACGGCUGCGUGGGCGGCCACCGUUACUUCCAAUGUCGGCCGGCGCACGGCAUUCUGGUCCGGCCCGAGCGCCUGACCUGCCGCGACGGGCGACGCGGCCCCCCGGAGCCGACCGCGCCUCGCGCCGCCCACGUUCCCGUCCUCAAAGGUGAGAACCGGAAGUCCUGGAGCAGCUGA